UAAAGACAAGACAGAUUCUGAUUUGGGCUCGGCCCAUUACUUCCACCGACAUUCCCCUUCUUCCCGCCAACAAAGAGCAUUUCUCAGUGAACUGUGAAGACAGAGAUCGGUUCUCUUUGUAUCGUUUCACUGCCGCAGGAGAUCGUCGUCUUCCUCGCUCGAGAGAGAGCAUUCUGGAAAUGGCGUCUCUAAGUUCAAACUCGAAGAAUUCAGGUGGAGGCGGAGGCGGACGAACCGCAGGCGUGUGUAUGAUGAGCAGCAAAUGGAGAGACGAACAAACUCCGUCGUACAUCGAUUUCGUGUCGUCGUUUCUUAACGCGAGUUCCUUCCGUCUCAACUUCGUUCCGAUUGCUCCAGAUCUCAUUUUCAACUGUGGAGGUCUUUCAGUGGCGUUCAUCUUCGUUACUAACUGGGAUUGCAGCAACACCGAUCUAGUCUUCAACAGAGUUCAGAAGCUGAAGGCGCGUUUCGCAAACCUGUAUGUUGUUGUGUGCUUACCCACGAAGGAGAAGAAUGAUUCAUUUGUGCGCUCUUACUUCAAAUGUGGGAUGGAGAUUGGCCGGCCACCAUUUGUGCCAGUUCAGGACUUGGAGAUGGGGUUUGAGAAGAUGGUCAAGAUAGCACAUUCACGUGGGGCAUGCAAGCAGCAGGAUGUUACCUCAACAAUGAAAGCUGAGAGGCUGGGAUCGGUGCAAACGUUGGAGAAUUUCAUUAAAGCGAUCACUUCAAUACCAGGCAUCGACAGCCACGACGCGAAUAUGCUGAAUCAAGGUAUAGGUUCGAUUGAAGCCGUUGCUAAGGCGACCAAGGAAAGCAUCUUGGAGAAGACUGGCAUUUCCCCUGACAAGGCUGAGACCAUCGUAAUGUUCUUCAGGGAUCCCAAAUUUUACCUCUCGUCAAAGCUGGCCAAGUAAAGGUAUAGCGAGUCUAGAAAUCAUUUUACUGUAAAUGCGUUUAACAGUUUGUCAAAACUUAAAAACUCAUGUUUUGUGGUAGCCCAACUCAGUUCCAGAGGGUUGGGCAAAGAUAUGAUAUGAUAUACAACUGACUUAAUCGACCUGAAUCAAUGUUUAUUGUAAUUGGAGUGAAUCGUACUUCACUAUAUGAUCGAAAUCGAAAUGAUGAAUUAUUCAACUUUGAUUUCUAUUCUCGAAUUCAAAGGUUGUUUGUUUUUAAAUUCAAUCAACUUCUCAUUCUAACUAAGGAUGACCGUAUUUUAUUCGAAUAAAAUAAUGUCGAAAUA